AUGUACCACCUGGCUUUCUCAAGAAUGAUUCAAGGAAAGAGGAGCAAGAUGGCAAGAAUUCCGUUGAGAAAAUGCACUACCGUUGAGCUUACGCUCACUUGUACUCUGCUCAUAGUGCUUAUCGUCAUAAUUCCUGUAACUGUGGUUUUACUCAGGAAUGGUUCUGUAUCUCAACCAACAGUUCCUGAUGUUACUGAAUGUGCAGCAAUAAAAAGAGAAGAUCGGAUCAGCUGCAUCCUUGACCAGACACCCACAGAGGCCAUCUGUAUACAGCGUGGUUGUUGCUGGGUCCCUGAAGGGGACAUCAAAAUUCCUUGGUGCUACUAUUCUAAGAAUCAUGGCUAUCAAAUGGAGGGUCCCGUGAAAGACACAAAUGCAGGCUUCACUGCACAGUUUCGAAGCUUGCCAGCUCCAUCUGCCUAUGGAAACAGCAUCAGGAAUAUUCUCCUCACAGCAGAAAAUCAGACCUCUCGCCGCUUCCACUUCAAGUUGACAGAUGCAGACAAGAAAAGAUUUGAAGUGCCUCAUGAAAAUGUGAAGCCCUUCCAAGGAAACGCCGCUUCUAACUUGCUCUAUGAUGUGAAGGUCUCCCAGAACCCUUUUGGCAUCCAAGUGAUCAGAAAGAGCAACGGACGUGUUCUGUUGGACUCCAGCAUCGGGCCGCUCAUAUUUGCUGACCAGUUCCUGCAGAUCUCUAUGCGACUGCCCAGUGCCAAUGUGUAUGGCCUGGGGGAACACGUGCACCAGCAGUACAGGCAUGAUAUGAAUUGGAAGACCUGGACUCUGUUUUCCAGAGACAGAGUCCCCAAUAGGGAUAGAACUAACCUGUAUGGUGUGCAGACAUUCUUCUUGUGCCUAGAAGAUGCAAGUGGAUCCUCCUUUGGCGUGUUUCUGAUGAACAGCAAUGCCAUGGAGGUUUCUCUCCAGCCUGCCCCAGCCAUCACUUACCGCACCAUUGGGGGCAUUUUUGACUUCUAUGUCUUCCUGGGGGACACUCCAGAGCAAGUUGUUCAAGAGUAUCUAGAGCUCAUUGGACGGCCAGUCCUUCCCACCUACUGGUCACUUGGAUUUCAUCUCAGCCGUUAUGAUUAUGGAUCCCUAGAUAACAUGAAAGAAGUCGUGAAGAGAAACCGGGAUGCCCAGAUUCCUUAUGACGUGCAACACGCUGAUAUUGACUAUAUGGAUCAAAGAAAGGACUUCACUUACAAUCCAGUACAAUACAAGGACUUCCCUAAUUUUGCUAAGGAGUUGCACAAUAAUGGGCAGAAAUUGGUCAUCAUUGUGGAUCCAGCCAUCUCUAACAACUCUUCUCAGACUAAUCCCUAUGGACCAUAUGACAGGGGCUCACAUAUGAAGGUGUGGGUGCAAACCCCUGAUGGAACUCCAAUCAUCGGAGAGGUCUGGCCUGGAAAAACUGUGUUUCCUGAUUAUACCAACCCUCAGUGUGCUGCUUGGUGGACAGAUGAAUUUGAGCGUUUCUUUAAAGAAGUGGAGUUUGAUGGAAUCUGGAUUGAUAUGAAUGAAGUCACCAACUUUGUGCAUGGUUCAGUUACGGGAUGUUCCAGAAGCAAUCUAAAUUAUCCCCCAUUCACUCCCAGAAUCCUGGAUGGCUUCUUGUUCAGCACUACUCUCUGCUUAGAUGCGGUCCAGCACUGGGGCAAGCAGUAUGAUGUCCACAGCCUGUACGGCUACUCCAUGGCAAUUGCCACAGCAGAAGCUGCCAAGAAAAUAUUCCCCGGAAAGAGGAGCUUUAUACUAACCCGCUCUACCUUUGCGGGAUCUGGCAAGUUUGCAGGCCAUUGGUUAGGAGACAAUGCAGCUACCUGGGAUGAUCUCCGGUGGUCCAUUGCUAGCAUGCUUGAGUUCAACCUGUUUGGUAUUCCAAUGGUAGGGGCUGACAUAUGUGGUUUCUCAAUGGACACCACUGAGGAGCUCUGCACACGCUGGAUGCAGCUGGGAGCCUUUUAUCCAUUUUCCAGAAAUCACAACAGCCAAGGUUUCAUGGAACAGGAUCCCGCCUUCUUUGGAGCAGAUUCUGAAGUGGUGAAAUCCUCCAGGAAAUACCUGAACAUUCGCUACACCCUACUGCCCUACCUCUACACCCUCUUCUAUCGCGCCCACACCAGGGGAGACACCGUGGCGAGGCCCCUUGUGCAUGAGUUCUAUACUGACAACAGCACGUGGGAUGUGCACCAACAGUUCUUAUGGGGUCCCGGCCUCCUCAUCACACCCGUGCUGCAGCAGGGUGCAGACAAAGUGGAGGCAUAUAUACCGGAUGCUGUCUGGUAUGAUUAUGAGACCGGAGCCCAACUGAACUGGAGGAAGGAAAGAAAGACCAUGAUGCUUCCUAAAGACAAAAUCGGACUUCACCUCCGAGGAGGCUACAUCUUCCCCACCCAGCAGCCAGCGACAACCACAGUGGCCAGCCGGAAGAAUGCUCUUGGUCUUAUCAUUGCCCUGGAUGAGAACAGAGAAGCAAAAGGGGAACUCUUCUGGGAUGAUGGAGAAUCGACAGGUACUUUGACCCAAGACAAACAUAUCUUCUAUGAGUUUUCUGUCACCCAAAACCGAUUGGAUAUGAAGACUUUGCCUUCAACCUACAAAGAUCCUAAUAAUUUAGAAUUUCAAAACAUUACAAUACUUGGGAACCCACCUGUUAUAAACUUAACAGUGAAACACAAUGGUGCUCCAAUUCAAAUGUCUCCCGAAGUCACGUAUGACAAUAAACUACAGAUUGCCUACAUCAAAAAACUUCAUCUUAUCCUGGGAGAAGCGUAUACUUUGGAAUGGCACUCUACAAAGAAUGAAGAUAAAAUAGACUGUUAUCCUGACCAGGAUGGUGGCACCAAGGAGAAAUGCAAUGAACGUGGUUGUGUCUGGGAGGAAACCAAUGCUGAGCGAGUCCCAUACUGCUAUUUUUAUGAGAGUCUAUACUCUGUCCACAAUAUUCAGAAUGUACCAUAUGGGGUUAUAGCUUCCAUUUCCCUAAAGCCCCAGGCCCCUGCCAGCGCUUUCCCAUCAACACCUGUGAAAGAGCUCAGUCUGAGUGUCACCUACCACAAGAAUGAGAUGCUGCAGUUUAAGAUUUAUGAUCCCAACAACAAACGCUAUGAAGUCCCAGUUCCUCUCAACUUACCGAAUGCUCCAUCCAGCACCCUUGCAGGUAGUCUCUAUCAAGUCAAUAUUACAGAAGAUCCAUUUGGGAUUCUAAUUUUUCGGAAGAGCACAGGCAUCAUCAUAUGGGACUCGCGGGUCCUGGGCUUCACUUUCAAUGACAUGUUCAUUCGCAUCUCCACGCGCCUCCCCUCCACCUACCUCUAUGGCUUUGGGGAGAACGAGCACACGUCUUUCCGAAGAGACCUGGACUGGCGCACCUGGGGCAUGUUUUCCCGAGACGAACCCCCUGGGUACCUGAAGAAUUCUUAUGGUUUCCAACCCUAUUACAUGGCCAUGGAGGAGGAUGGCAAUGCCCACGGGGUGCUCCUGCUGAACAGCAAUGCCAUGGAUGUGACAUUCCAGCCCAUGCCUGCCUUAACAUAUCGCACCAUAGGGGGAAUUCUGGACUUUUAUGUGGUCUUGGGGCCCACUCCAGAACUUGUCACUCAGCAAUACACGGAGCUAGUUGGUCGGCCAGUGAUGGUUCCUUACUGGUCCUUGGGAUUCCAGCUGUGCCGUUAUGGAUACCAGAAUGAUUCUGAGAUUGCCGAUUUGUAUGAAAAAAUGGUGGCGGCCCAAAUCCCCUAUGAUGUGCAAUACUCUGACAUUGACUACAUGGAGCGACAGCUGGACUUCACCCUCAGCCCCAACUUUCAGGGCUUUCCACAACUGAUUGAAGACAUGAAGAACCAGGGGAUGCGAAUCAUCCUCAUUCUGGAUCCAGCCAUUUCCGGCAAUGAGACUCAGCCCUAUCCUGCAUACGAGCUGGGGGUAAAGGAUGAUGUUUUCAUCAAGGAUCCAAGUGAUGGAAGCAUUGUCUGGGGAAAGGUAUGGCCUGAUUUACCUGGUGUUGUUAUAAACAGUUCUCUAGACUGGGACACUCAAGUGAAGCUGCACAGAGCUCAUGCAGCUUUCCCAGACUUUUUCCGAGCCUCAGCUAUAAACUGGUGGAAGAAUGAGUUGAAAGAAUUACACACCAAUACGCGGCAUCCCCAAAACAGCCUGAAGUAUGAUGGCUUAUGGAUUGAUAUGAAUGAGCCGUCAAGCAUUGUGAAUGGGGCAGUUGAAGGCUGCAAAGACUCCUCUCUGAACAGACCUCCCUAUAUGCCACAUCUGGAAUCCAGGGACAGAGGUCUGAGCAGCAAGACCCUGUGCAUGGAGAGUGAGCAGAUCCUGGCAGAUGGCACCAAAGUGCAACACUACAAUGUGCAUAACCUGUACGGGUGGUCCCAGACCAGACCUACAUACGAGGGUGUGCAGGAGGCGACUGGAGAGCGAGGCAUUGUCGUCACCUGCUCCACGUACCCGUCUUCCGGUCGCUGGGCAGGACACUGGCUGGGAGACAACACUUCUGGCUGGGACCAGCUGAAGAAAUCUAUCAUUGGCAUGAUGGAGUUCAGCCUCUUCGGCAUAUCCUAUACAGGAGCAGAUAUUUGUGGGUUCUUUCAAGAUGCUGAAUAUGAGAUGUGCGCUCGCUGGAUGCAGCUGGGGGCCUUUUACCCCUUCUCGAGGAACCAUAACACCAUUGGGACCAGGAGGCAAGAUCCUGUGUCUUGGGAUAAAAAUUUUGAGGAUCUCUCCAGAAGUGUCCUGAAUACCAGAUACACCUUGUUGCCAUAUCUCUAUACCCUGAUGUACCAGGCCAACACAGAGGGCAGUACUGUUGUGCGACCUCUACUCCAUGAGUUUGUGUCAGACCGGAAAACUUGGGACAUAGACAGUCAGUUCCUGCUGGGUCCAGCUUUCCUGGUCAGCCCAGUUCUGGAACCUAAUGUCAGAAGUGUCCAUGCAUAUUUUCCUGAUGCCCGCUGGUAUGAUUACCACACGGGUGAGGACAUUCAAGCAAGGGGUGUAAUGAAGAACUUGCCAGCCCCUCUCAACCACAUUAAUCUGCAUGUCCGUGGAGGCUACAUUCUGCCCUGGCAACUGCCUGCACAAAACACACACUUCAGUCGUCAAAAUUUCAUGGGCUUCAAGGUUGCCUUGGAUGAUCAAGGGAAUGCUGAAGGCAAGUUCUUCUGGGAUGAUGGACAAACCAUUGAUACCAUUGGAAAAAACAGUUAUUACCUGGCAAACUUCACUGUCAGCAAUAAAAUGAUGAAAAGUGACAUAGUUUCUAACAACUACAUUACUGACUCAAACCCUCUGCUGCUGGGAUUCAUUGACAUCUGGGGAGUGGAGAGUGCCUCCACAGCCCAAAUCAGGAUGAAUUUGAUCAAUGGGUUUGUUAUACCCAAAGCAAGCUACAAUUCUACAACAAAGAUAUUAAGCAUUACUGUGACCAGCGAAAGCAUCAGCUUACAAAACUUCGUUUCAUUGACAUGGUAAAACACUCUAUGA